CUCACAGCUGCUGUACCAAGAAGUGGGCUUGUCAUGUGUACCGAGUAACCAACAACGGCGUAAACUUUAGAUUUGGAAGAUCGAUCGCAUUUCAUUUGACAGCCAAACACAAAUCGAUACCAUGCUUAGACGGAUACUUCAAAUGACUCCUGGGAAAGGAGGCUCUCAGAACUCUGAGUCAGACCAGCCCAGUGCAGACUUCAACAAUGACCAGACCUCUGAGGGGUUCAUCUGUCCCCAGUGCAUGAAGUCCCACAACUCAGCAGAGGAGCUAUUCAAGCACUAUGAGCUGUACCACGAUUCAGGAGACCAGCCCUCACACAUGGGCCCUGGCCGUGAAGACCUUGUGCUUCUCCGGCAAGAGUUGCAAGAACUGCAGACUUCGCUAAAGGAGGAGAAAUGGUUCUCUGCGGAGUUGAAGAAGGAACUAGACAAAGUGCAAGGACACCUGAAGCAAGGUCCACAGAAUGAUGGCCAGACAGGAUUAGAGGAUUCUGCCUUGGCGAUUAAGCUGAACGAGGCGGAGACAGAGACGUUCAACAUCAAGCAGAUGAAAGACCUGUUUGAGCAGAAGGCUGCCCAGCUGGCCACAGAUAUUGUGGAUGUCAAGUCUCGUUAUGAUGAGGAGAAGAGCUUGAGGGAGGAUGCAGACCAGAAGCUGGCGAACCUGAGCCAGGAGCUGCAGAAAGAGAGGCAGGACAAGGACCGGCUCCACACUGAACUGCUGCAGCGGCCAGGAGUGGAGGACGUGGAGCUCCUGCAGAAGGAGCUGAUACAGGUGCAGACGUUGAUGGACAGGAUGACACGUGAGAGGGAGGAUGAGUCCGAACACCUCAAGAGAAAAUAUGAGCAGCUGCAGGCUGACCACACCAGCUCAGAGAUGACCAUCUCCCAGCUGAAGGCAGAGCUAGAGAAGGGACCUCAGGAGGCAGCUGUGUACACCCAGCAGAUUCACCAACUCCAGAGCUCUCUGAACAACCUGCAGCAACAGAGCCAGAUGCUUUCAGAGAAGCUGCUGCGCAGGGAGAAGGAGUUUCAGGAGCUGGAGGAAGGCCUGAGGGCCGAGCAGGUCUCCAAGAAGACAGCCCAGGCCAGCCUGCACCAGAGGGAGCUGGAGGUGCAAGAGCUCCAGGCCCGGGCAGUGAGUGCCGAGGCCAGCCUGCAGAGAGCCCAGGCAGAGCUGGGGGAGCGGGGGGAGGAAGCCGGGAGGCUCCGAAGGGAGUUGGCUGAGCUGGAGGCCAAGCACAGGGAGGUGAAGACUGAGAGGAAGCAGCUGCAGCAGCAGAGGGAGGAGAGGGAGAGCCAGGGCCUGGCGCAGCAGAGUGAGAUCUGCCAGCUGCAUGCUAAGCUGCUGGAGGCGGAGCGGCAGCUGGGGGAGGUGCAGGGCCGUCUGAAGGAGCAGAGGCAGCUCUCUGGGGAGAAACUAAAGGACCGCGAGCAACAAGCCGCCGACCUGCAGAUCAAACUGUCCCGCUCAGAGGAACAGUUGAAGGAGAACAGCAGUAAGACAUUGGACCUGCAGCACCAGCUAGAGAAAGCUAAGCAGCAACACCAGGAGCUCCAGGGCCUGCAGCAGAACACCAACACCAAGCUCAGAGAGGCACAGAAUGACCUGGAGCAGGUGCUGCGUCAGAUCGGGGACAAGGACCAGAAGAUCCAGAACCUGGAGGCGCUGCUGCAGAAGACCAAGGACAGCGUGAGUCAGCUGGAGGCCGAGAGGGAGGACCUGGUGGCCAAGAUCCAGGCCGGGGAGGGAGAGACGGCUGUGCUCAACCAGCUUCAGGAGAAGAACCACACACUACAGACGCAGGUCACACACCUGACAGACAAACUAAAGAACCAAUCGGAGAGCCACAAGCAGGCCCAGGACAACCUCCACAAGCAAGUGCAGGAGCAGAAGACCCUUCUGCGGGCGGCACAGGACCAAGCCCAGGCUGUGGAGACCUCUAUAAAGGAAGUGAACACCCAGCUGACCGAGAGCAGGGAGAAGGUGGCCCAACUGGACACACAGUUGAAGGCUAAGAUCGAGAUGUUGCUGUCGGCCGAGGCAGCCAAGGCAACCCAGAGAGUAGACCUGGAGAACCACCUGGAUACAGCCCAGCAUGCACUGCAGGACAAGCAGCAGGAGCUGAGUAAGAGCCUGGCGUGUGUGGAGGAGCAGGGCCGGAGGCUGCAGGCGAGACAGGAGCAGUGUGGCCAGCUGGAGGCCAGUCUGAAGGAGGUCAAAGACGAACUACUGAUCUCAGAACAGCGCUUAGAGCAGCUGGAGCUGCUGGCCAAGAAAGCGGAGGCGGAGGGGGUGGAGCUGCGUGCUGACAGGAAGCAGGCCCAGCAGGAAGUGCAGAAGCUCCAGAAGCAGGGGUCGGAAGUCAAGGGAAAGCUGAAGGAGCUGGGUUGCCUAUUGGAGACUGAAAAGUCUGGAGCUGCUGCGUUACAGGUGGAGCUGAAGAGAAAAACCUCCUCCCUGAGUGACACGCGACAGCAGCUGGAGCAAUGUGAGCAGGAGAAGACCUCCCUCCAGGCCAACUUGGACAAGCUAGCCCAGGAGGGGCAGGCGCAGCAGGCAGAGCUGGACAGGAAAGCCCAGGGCUUGGCCAGAGAGCUCCAGACGGCCCAGCAGGAGAAGGAGGCCCAGGGGAAAGAGCUGGUGGUGGUCAAGGAUGGCCUGGCUAAGGCCUCCAAAGCCAUGAAGGACAGCCAGAUCCAGCUGGACAAGGAGAGGAAGAGCAGCAAGGCAGUUCUGGAGGAGAAGGAGAAGUCCCAUGAGAAGGCCAGACGAGAGCUGCUGAAGGCCACAGAGGCCACCACAAAGGAGAUGGCAGAGGUCAAAGGGCAGCUGGAUAAGAUCAGAGAGGUAGAAAAAGGGCUGAAUAUGCAGCUGACUGCGUUAACAGAGCAACACACCAAGACCCAGGAGGCCCUGAAAGGGAAGGAGAAGGGGGUGCAGCAGCUACAGGCACAGCUGACGACAGCCCAGGGGUACUUCAGCCAGGAAAUUAAGAAGCUGGAAAGCCAAGUGACCGCGCUGCAAGGAUCACAUGCCAAGAAGGCUGAGGAGGAGGGUCAUCUGAGGGAACAGGUGUCAGGCCUCGGCCAGGAUUUGAGCUCUGAGAGGACCAGAACCACUGAGCUGCAGGAGGUUCUAGAGCAGAGUCAGCAAGGCCUGGUCAAGCUGCAGUCUGACUACUACGGCAAGGAGUCAGAAUUGUCAUCUCUCAGACAGGACCUCAAGUCGUCUGAGGAGAGGCUGACUCUGUCCCAGGAGGAGUUAUCUGCUAGCUUGAUCCAGCUGACUGGUCUGGAGGGGCAGGUGCAGGCGGUAAAGGCUGCCAGGGCCUCCCUGGAACAGGAGCUGGCUAAACGGGACCAGAAGCUUGGCCAGCAGGAGACGGCCCUCAAAGAGUUGCAGAAACAACAGGGUAUGACGCAGGAGGAGCUGCAGAAGGAGAGGAGUAGAGCAGAGGAGCUGAGCCAGACUAAGGCUGCCCUGGAGAAGAACACAACCAGACUGGGCUCUGAGCUGAAGGCACUUGGGGAGAGGAGUGACAAAGAGUUGAUGGAGCUGCGGGAAGCCAAGCAACUGUUGAUCCAGCAGAAGCUGGAGAUGCAGGGCCGGGUGGAAGAGGUGCAGGCAGCCCUGGAGCAGGAGAAGACCCUGCACCAGGCCACCAGAGACAGUGUUACCCAGAGAGAGGAGAAGCUUCGGGCAGAGACCCAGGAAAUCCAGGCCCAGCUGGCGUCAGAGCGUAAUGCUCAUGAUGGGCAGGCAAAGCGGGGAGAGGAGGCGGAGGCGCGGCUGGGCCUGCAGGUGACGGCGCUCAACGAGAACGUGGCCACGCUGAAGAGGGAGUGGCAGGGGAGUCAGCGGCACUGCGGCGAGCUGGAGAAGCAGACGGAUGAACUGCGGGGCGAGAUUGCCGUGCUGGAGGCCACCGUGCAGAACAACCAGGACGAGAGGCGCGCGCUGCUGGAGAGGUGUGUGAAGGGUGAGGGGGAGAUGGAGAAACUGCAGGCCAAAGUAGUGGAGAUGAGGAGGAAACUGGAUGAUACGACAGCCGCCAUGCAGGAGCUGGGCAGAGAAAACCAGUCACUACAGAUAAAGCAGUCACAGUCUCUGACCAGGAAGUGGGCAGAGGACCACGAGGUACAGAACUGCAUGGACUGUGGGAAGGGCUUCUCUCUCGCCAUUAGGAAGCACCACUGCAGACACUGUGGCAACAUCUUCUGUGCAGAGUGCUCCGCCAAGAACGCCCUCAUACCCUCAUCCAAGAAGCCUGUGCGGGUUUGUGAAACAUGCUUCGAAGAUCUCCAGGCCUGACACCCUCUUCCCCCCCUCCCCCCAGUAGCCCAGCAACGGCAUGUCUCAUGAUGUCCAUUUUCUAUGUGCAUUCAUCUGGACUGAGGAACCAACAGAGGACAGUUAGACAUGAACCCCAUUGGACCAUGUGAAGCAAACAUACCUACUGAGCUUUGGAGAGGAGUAACCUGGUGAUGGGAUGGGAGUGCAGAAGAAGUGGCCAGUCACUAUAGGGGCCGAUGGGGGUUUAGCAGGUGUCUCGACGUCACACAAGAAGAUGGGAACAUAAUGGAAGAAGCACUGCAGACAUUUCUGAGCUAUGUGAUGGAAUAGGCCGCAUCUGUAUAGUGCCUUUGCUGCUCCUGACCUGAAGUCGACAUGUCAGUCGGUCGGACAGAGUAUGGUAACAGUAUGAUAACAGGGAGAGCUCAACAGCACCAUCCAUUACUCCACACAUCCUAGCUAGAACGGCGGCCAUCUUGGUUUGGCAUUGUUUUCAUCUUGAGCAUUAACCAGACAGUUGACUGUAAGUUGGGUCUUGAAGGGUUGUACCGACUAACGGAUUAAGUUAACGAAAGGAUAUAGUUACCUUGAAAGGUGGAAAGCAGUGGUUCUUUGUUUUAGAAGUAUUUUGUUCACGACCAAAGAAUGUCUAACUGGAGGAGUCCAACAGUCCUGAGAGAUGGCAUGAUAUGAAGCUAAAUGGAAAGCCUGGAUUUUUCAUACCUUUAUUUCUUUUCAAUUACUUUUUAAAUCUAGCUGAAAGCUUUGACUCAUAAGGUCAUACAUUUUAUCAAGAUUUCAGACGUGCUUGAUAUACAUCAGAAUGUAAAAAAAAAAAUUCAAUGCUGCUCAUCUAUCUACAAAACGGAAUAACUUUUUUUGUUUUUCACUGUCCACGUGGUUGGUUGCAUGUGCUUUUUCUGUCGCCUGUAUCCCAUUCAACAUCAUGACUACUGCAGGGGCUGUGUGUGCUCUGCUUUGAAGCAGGAGCAAUAACUGUCCACGUGUAUCUGGUGUGUGUGUAUAUGUGGUGCUUUAGGAAUGAAUGUGUAUCAGUAUGUGUAGGGGCUGCAGUGUUGUCAGUCUGCAUGGUGACUGUUUAAACCUUCACUUUAAGACACUUUUGUACAUGUCAAUGUUGAUUUACACUAAUUGCUAACUCUUUACAACCCGUCAAAAACAGCACUGAUAACACUUUUUAAAAAUCUGGUCCUCAUUCAAGUAUUUUUUGGUGAUUCUCAUGAAACUAGUCAUCUGUAGCAAAUAUCAACUAUCAUUCUGAAGACAAAGUCCAGUUUUUGGCAGUCUUAUUUUAAAUAAAGUUUUCACCCCAAAUUCUCAUUACCGAAAUGCAUCUGUAUUCAAUUCUGAGGUAAUUUUAUACUAGUUGAAGUGGACAUGUCUCAUUACCAUAACACUUUCAAGUUUCUGUAAAAACUCUUAAAUGUUUUUAAAUAAACUUUUAUUCACUCAUGAUGCAUCAUCUUGAGAAGGGUUUCCCAAAGUCGGUCCUGGGGCCACCCCCCGGGUGCACGUUGUGGCCCCAGGACCGACUUUGGGGAAACCCUGAUCUAGAGGUUUAACUUUAACUGAGCACAAGUUAAUUGAUCCACUUAUAUGCCUUCAGAAUGGGGUUCUUAUUCUCAAACAACCCCUUUACCCCACUUGGUCUUCUCAUUACAGAUUUGGCUAAAAAGCUCAAAUUGGGAAAAAUCAGAACCAUUACCUUAAACAUGGAGGUAUGAAUGGGCUUUAGUGAUGUGGUCAAUUGUUUGCUGACUCAUAAUGGCUGUCUCCUAUUAUUUGCAGAUUGAGCUAAGGGCCUCUCAUUACCAAAACAAAUGUCUCAAAUAUGGGGUGUAAAAACCCUGUUUAAAUUACUUUUAAGCCACGAUCAUCAGUUUGUGUUUCAGCAAAGAGCAACCCCACCACAAAGGAGAAUAUCCCCAAUUUUGACAUGUGUACCUGUUUUUCACACUUACCUAUACUGUUGUUUGAUAUCCCAAGACAGUUGUCGUUCCACGUAUUUAGAUGCUUUAUAGGCAUAUUGUGUUCUGCCGUUUGCCCAUAGGAUCCCAUUCAAUCCAGAAAUACAUCUUUAAUAAAAUGUACAACCACAAAUAUCCACGUCCUAAUACACCAAUAUUACCUGUAAAGACCUUGGAGAAGUAUUUCUUUACAGUUACGUUUAAGUCCGCUUUUGAAAAUGCAUGCAUAUAAUUACAGUACUUAUACUGAAAUAAGUGCUAUUUUAGUCCAUUACACUAAGAUCAGUGAUUUUAGCACUAUGCAAGGAUUAUUUGGGAUUAACAAAUGAUGAAACUGAUUUGUUUGGUUACUGAAUCUCUGGUAGAGAUCAGUACAGGUUUUUCAAUGGCAAAUUAUACAACACUAAUUUCCGAAACCUGCUCAUCAUUACCGUAAUGCGGAAAUAUUAGGACACAUUUAUGCACUUGUCUUAAUCUGAUGUGUACAUAAAUUAAAUAAAACAAUUUGAAUGUAUACAAAAGUUGAUUCAAAAAGGUUGUUACUGUAAUAUUUCCCGAAAUACAUUUUAAAUGUUUAACUCAGGCCUUUUCAUUAGGGAAGCAAUGUUAAAAAUAUUAUAAAUUGAUUUGUUUUACUUUUUGGGAGUUUAAAAAGUGUUGCGGUAAUGAGAAUUGUUGCAUUGGUAGUUGUAAAACGCAUUAUCUGAUCAAAAAACAAGACUAAUUAUGAGAUAGGAAAGUACAUAUCCUAAUCUCGGUGAUCCAAGAGGACAUUUAUUUUUUUAAAUGUCAGUUUCAUGAGAAUGACCCUAAAAACAGUGCCUUCAGAAAGUAUUCACACCCCUUGGGAUUUUCCACAUGUUGUUGUGUUAUAAAGGUGGGAUUAAAAUAUUUAUUUGUAUUAUUUUGUCAAAAAUCUGUCAAAGUGGAAGUAAAAUUCUAACGUAUGUAAAAACAAUUAUGAAAAAUAAAACUCUUGAUUACAUAAGUAAAGAACCUUGAGUCAAUACAUGUUAGACUCACCUUUGGCAGCGAUUAAAGCUGUGAGUCUUUCUGGGUAAGUCUCUACAAGCAUUAUACACCUGAAUUGUAUAAUAUUUGCUCAUUGUUCUUUUAAAAAUGAUUCAAGCUCUGUCAAAUUGGUUGUUGAUCAUUGCUAGACUGCCAAUUUAAGUCAAAACUGUAACUAGGCCACACAGGAACACUCAAUGUCGUCUUGGUAAGGAACUCUGUAUAUUUAGCCUGGUGUUUUAGGUUAUCGUCCUGCUGAAAGGUGAAUGUCUUCCAGUGUCUGUUGGAAAGCAGACAACUUGGUUUUCCUCUAGGAUUUUGCCUGUGAUUAGCUCUAUUCCAUUAUAUUUGUAUCCUAAAAAAACUCUCUAGUCCUUGCCGAAGAUUAGCAUACCCAUAACAUGAUGCAGCCACCACCACGCUUGAAAAUAUGAAGAAUGGUACUCAGUGAUGCAUUGUUUGAUUUGCCCCGAACAUAACUGUAUUCAGGACAAAGUUAAUUUAUUUGCCACAUUUUUUGCAGUUUUAUUUAAGUCCCUUAUUGCAAAACAAGAUGCAUGUUUUGGAAUAUAUUUAUUCUGUCAUUCAGGUUAGUAUUGUGGAGUAACUGCAAUGUGGUUGAUCCAUCCUCAGUUUAUCACAGCCAUUAAACUCACUGUUUUAAAGUCACUUUCCUUCCUCUCCGGAAACAGUUAGACCCGUAUCUCUGUAGUGACGGGGUAUAUUGAUGCACCAUCCAAAGUGGAAUUCAUAACUUCACCAUACUCAACGAAAUAUUCAUUGUCGGCUUUAUUUUUACCCAUCUACCAAAUAGCUGUCCUUUAUUGCGAGGCAUUGGAAAACCACCCUGGUCUUUGUGGUUGAAUCUUUGUUUGAAAUUCACUGCUCAACUGGGGUCCUCACUGAUAAUUGUAUGUGUGGGGUACAGAGAUGAGGUAGUCAUUCAAAGUGUUAAACACAUUGUAGACAGAGACCAUGCAAAAUGCACAUUUUUACUCAACUUAUUUAAGCUUGCCAUAAAACAUAAAAGGGGUUGAAUACUUGACAUUUCUGCUUGUAAUUUAAAAAAACGUAAUUCCACUUUGAAAUGAUGGGGUAUCGCAGUAGUGUGCCGUGGUUCUGGGGCCUGGGCCUUCAGUGAAGUCCAACACAGUCCCACCCAAAUUAAUCCACCUCUUAUUACCAUCAUUAUGAUGCCAUGGCUCUAGACACUAUACAUUUAGACAAACGCAGUAUAACCAGGCGUUGCGUCACCUUGAAAUUGACAUUUUUAUUCAGAGAAUUGCAGGGUACAAUACCUUUUCAUUGUGCAGCUUUGUUGCCCUGCGCGCUUGUUCGUUGAGCUGUAGAUCCAUUCGGGUGUCCCCAAAAGUUUUCAAAAGCACCAUUGUUUGUAAGUGCCCAGCCGUACUUUGGUGUCUCGUUGCUGCCUUGGUUAGACAACUCAGGUUUGCAAAGCCAGUGUGGCUCCAAACACCAAAUCGAUCACUUGCAAAUAAUAGGCAUUCCAAGCAGUACAGUUUGCAGUGCUUCUCGGAGCCUGUCUGUAGCGUCGGCGUCUACCUCUCCUGACAAUGUCUAACUUUUCUUGAAAAGUUUGUCUUGAGAAUGGCGUUAUAAUUAUAUCCUCGACCAAAUUGAUAUCUUCUCCUUCCGCCAUUGUGGGUUGAAAAAACAGCUUAGUAGUAAUUUGUUGAUCAAUUUCAGUUUCCUAGUUCUGAGACCUGCCCAUAUAGGACCUGCCACUCAACAUUGGUAAUCCAAUCAAAAGACGUGCAGGCACUACGCCUGCAAGCUGGCUCCUGUGUAACACUGGAGCCAGCCAGCAGGCGUACAAUAGCCAACUCUAAAGCUGAUUGUUUGACACUAAAUUUGAAUUUUCAUUCACUUUAAGCUACAAGCGCCCGCACUGUUGAUUCUGAAGGCCUGAGGGCAGAUUUUAGACCCCUGGCAACACAUGAUGGCUGAAUAUGAUUGGAUAAAAUAUCUAACAUAUUAUAUAUUCUAACAUCCAAAUCUCAACCUGGGGCUGGAAGCAGUGCAACCAAGAGGAACGCUAUGAAAUGAAGAGUAACUCUUACUUUGGGGAAUAAUUUAAUACAUAUUUGUGGGAAAAUAUAUUUAAAAAAAAUAUAUAUUCUGAUGAUGUUUAGGCCAGCAGAGAAGGCCUUGUUGGCCCUGACGGCCCACCACUGGGGUAUCGUGUGUAGGCCUGUGAUUAACUCAAUAGAAAUACAUUUUAAAUUUAGGCUGUAACACAAUGUAGAAAGUCAUGGUUUGUGAAUAUUUUCUGAAUGCACUGUACUGAUUUGAACUGCUCCUGCACUGUCUGGUCAAUCCACAGUAAAUGAUAAAGGCUCUUAGUUGAAAGACUGCCAUGUUACUGUGAGUGACUUGGUCAGCCGUCUGGCUUCUGGUUUGCUGUAUGUCUGGCUAGCAGAUGGACAGCCAGCCCAUCUAGCUCAGGGUUUCCCAAUCCCCCCCGGACUGUGUCUGGCUAGCUGUCUUUGAAGGCCUGAACACCUUUCUUUCAAUGCCAGUCCUCCCUCUACUCUGGGUUCAAGAGGUCAUUCUCAAACACUUGGCUUUGACCAUAUCAUUUUGAUCAAGUAGACUCCUGUGUCGUUAGAAGCCAUUUCUGCAUUACAUUGGUUUAGUCUACCUCAGAUUGGCACAGGCACUUAAAUAGCACUAUGGUUAACCUGAAAGAUUCUUCUUUCCCUGUUGUUCAGAUCAGGUUUCUCAGCUUGCUGGAUGCAUUUAAUAUUGUGGUUGUCACGAAGGCCAAGAGAUUUGCGGUCUAGGCUGCGCCUCAUCAUAUUCUGGGUUAAGAGCAGUUACAGGCACAACCUGUGCCAAGUAUCUGCCCACUAACUCCACCCUUAUAGUUGAGAAGUUGUCACCAACCCUGGUCCUGGAGAGGGCUACAAGGUUAGCGCAGGCUUUUGUUCCAGCACUAAUACCGCUUUCAUAGCAACUGCUCAUCAAUACUUUAAAUUGAAGCGGGUGUUUCAGUGCUCGGCUGGAGCAAAAACCUGCCCCUCUAACUCUGUCAUAGGGUUUACCAUCUUAUUGUACAACAUUGUCACUUAGUAAUUAUCUUUGUAAAAUGUUAACACUUGCGUGUGUAUAAAGAAGCGUUCGACAAAUGUAACGUAACAAAAAAAAAGAUGGCACUACACAUUAAUCUGGCUUGUUUCACGUGGAUGCCGGCCGUCGUCAUGCAUGAUAUCGAUUGGCUUGUUCAUUCCUCCUUCACUUUAGAGGAUAUCAUAGCACCGUUUAUAUACUUUAGAAAUUCCUCCUUCCUCAUUUCCUUCAGGUAAGCACAAAUCUAAGUGGAUGGAUAGAUGAAAGGAAGGUUAACUCACUUCCACCGAUCUGUAACUUCAAGGAAGGAUACAUUUCUGGUGUAUUGCAACAGGGCCCCGUGUGUAGCGUUUGUGCCUGAAAGAGUCACUUUACCCUGCAUUCGUCAACCAAUGGUUGCGUGCCAUGUCAGACAUCUAUUCAGGCAUUGUAAGAUCUGUCAUGCAUCAGCAACAUCUAAGCUCUGAAACGCAGUCCUUGUUUGUCAUGGUGACAGUCGGGAACCCUGUGUUCCCUUGGACCACUGACUACCUGUCCUGGAAGAAGGGAUGUGUGUCUGAUUAAGGAAAGACAUAAUUUGACUAGAUGUACCAUUUGUUUUCAAAUUUUCCAUCAUGACUAAAUAAAAGGGGUCUGUAUUUUC